AGUAGGUUGGGCCGCUCCGAAUGGGCGUCGUCGCUUUCCAGCGAGCGCGGCCGAGCGCCACCGGAAAUGGCCGAUCGCGCUGGAUUGGGGGGGCUUGUUCGCCGCAGUGUUUUCGUGCGCUUAGUUCCGCGCCGGGUGCCACGUCAGUCGCAUCGACUCGAGUUCGCGCGCGCGCGCGCGAUUUGAAAAAAACUGCAAGAGGACUUUCUCAGCCGCAUCUCCGCUCUCUCGGUCUCUCGUGGCGCCGCGACGGCAGGGAGAGGGAGAGAGAGAAAAGAGAGAGAAAACGUGAACGUCAAGCGGGCGAUCUCGUCGGACGACGAGGGGGACUCUCGUGGAAAACUGACUGCGGAGCGAAUCUCGCGUGUUAUUGCGGCGGCACAAUUGCGGCGGAGGUGAACGAAACAACGGAAGGAAGGACGAACGCGAGUGAGAAGUUUCUCGAGUUCGCGCGCGUUCGCGUACCAGUGAUAGGACAACAUCGUCGCGUCGUCGUCAUCAUAACGUCGUGCGCGCCUCCGGUACUCUCGGACGAUAUCAUCCGGACGUGCGUGAUCGCAGGAAGAUCUCGCAGAAGAGGAGAGGCACAGAGAGAGAGGAGCAGGGAAAGUCCUGUCAAUCUGACCCGCUCUCGCCGCUCUCCCCCACCCGCUCACUCUCUCGCUCACUUGUUCAGUCACCUAUCCACCCAGCCGGCCGCCAGUUCCCGCCGGAGCAAAACUCCAUGAACGCCACGAUGUGCUGUGUGUGUGUACGGUGCAGUGUGUUGGUGCUAACUUAGUGAUAACGAUAUUCCCCCUUCCCCCAACUCCGCGUAACGUACACGAACUAGUCGUCGCGUUAUCAGCCGGGAUUGCCGCCGAGAUAAGGGCGGAGGCAGAAGAAGAAGAAGAAGAAGUAGUAACGUCUCGUGAUCCGCCGAUCAGACCAGGAUUACCUAUGAUCCCGUUGGGCGUCGCGAGGACGACGACGCUCCCGGAAGAGAGGCGCUUUUGGCAGCGGUCCUAAUCUCUCCCCCUGCCCUGCCCUCCCGCGUUGUCUCUCUAUUCCGCCCUCCUUCUGCCCCUCUCUCUUUCUCUCUCCUCCUCCUCCUCCUCCUCCUCCUCCUCCUUUCCCUCCUCCUCGUUCUUCUUCGACGGGCGACGACGCGCCGAGAUCUCGGACACGAUGGACAUGAGCAGCGAGUCGAGCACCGCUCGGUGGUACGAGCCGCCUAGGUCGUCGCUGGAGCCGCCUUCGGGGGGUGCCGGGGUAGCCGGGGUGGUCGGCAACCCCAGCGACUACAGGGGUUACUACCCCCACGCCGGACCGACGGCGCACCACCCCGCGGCCGCACACUACGCCCACACGAGGAUGUCGAGCAGCGGCGUAUCGAGCGGGCCGGUGAGUCAAGUCUGCCGGCCGCACUUUCACGGCUCUGUGCUCCACCCGUGGCUGUCCAGCAGUAGCGCGGACACCUCCAAGACACCCUGGGGAUUCCCGGCGACCACGACGACCACGGGUGGCGGCGUGAGCGACGAGAAGCCGCAGAGCCCGCUGGGGUCGUCGUUGCCGGCGACCACCGGCAGCCUAUCGAGCCACGGUAGCGCAGGACACCACACACUCUUCUCCUUUCCGCCGACACCGCCCAAGGACGCUACGCCCGACAGUAUAACCGCCAGCACGACCUCCAGCACAAACAACAACAACAACUCGACGAGCGCCAACAACAACAACAACAGCGGCAACCCCUUGUCCGGUCUGGGCGGCGGUGCCAGCGAGUACCAAGCGGCGGUGGCGCACGUGGCGGCAAUGGGCGCCUUCAUGCACCACCAGGACGCACUGGGCGCGUCCGGUGCCGGUUCCUGCGACAUCAAGCCGACAGUGAUGCUCGGCCACCAUCACGGGGCACCCUCGCCGCCACACCAGCAGCACAACGGCACCAACAACGGCAGCAACGGCCCCACCGGCACCAACGGCUCGUCCGGCCAGGUGAAGCAGCGAGAAGGUAAUAACCAGUCCGGCAAUGUCACGGCCGGCAGCCAACAGGCGAGCGCCACGCAACAGCAGCAGCAACAACAGCAGCAGGACGCGUAUCAGAGCAACAACGGCGUGCCUGCCGGCGGCGGUGGUGGCGGCGGCGGCGGUGGCGGCGGUGGCGGUGGUAGCGGAGGCGGUGGCACUGGUGGCGGCGGCGGUGGUGGUGGCGGCGCGGUGUCACCCUGCAGAGAGAGCUACGCGGCCGUGGCUGCAGCCGCGGCAGCAGCCGCGGCGUCCAACAGCCACCAUGCCACUUCCGGCUCGCAGUACGACCCGGCCGCGUCCGCGUACAACAUGUACCAGCACCUGCAGUAUCCCACCGCCACCCACCAUCACCAUCAUCAUCAUCAUCACGGUGUCGCCGCCGCGUCGUCCUCCUCGUCGUCGUCCGCCGCCGCAGCAGCGGCCGCCGCCGCGUCGUCCCACAAUCCGCACAACGGCAGUGCGGUCGCCGGUAUUUUCGGUCACCACGCCGCCGGUGCCGCCGGUAACGCGACCGGCGUAACCGGCGUCGGAGGCGCCGACACGAAGCUGUUAGUCGGUCACGCGGCCGCGCACGGGAACACGCCGGGCUCGCCGUCCGCGCAGCAGCAGCAGCAGCAAAAGCCGAGGAACAAGUCGAGGACGUCCGCCGAGGGUCGCGAGUGCGUCAACUGCGGCGCCACCUCGACACCCCUCUGGAGACGGGACGGCACCGGCCAUUACCUCUGCAACGCCUGCGGCCUUUACUACAAGAUGAACGGCCAGAAUCGACCUCUCAUCAAGCCGAAACGACGCCUUUCGCUGCAGAGUGCGGCGAGGCGGGCGGGCACCAGCUGCGCCAACUGCAAGACGGCGACCACGACCCUCUGGCGGAGGAACCAGGCCGGCGAGCCGGUCUGCAACGCUUGCGGGCUUUACUACAAGUUGCACAACGUGAACCGGCCGCUGACGAUGAAGAAGGAGGGCAUUCAGACGAGAAACAGGAAGCUCUCGUCAAAGAGCAAGAAGAAGAAGAACGGCGGCUGCCUAGGCCUGGGUGUCAUGGGAGACAUGAUCAAGGCCAGUGGACAUCUCGAUCUCGAUAACAAAUCCUUCCACUCCGGCUUCGGAGCGCCGAUGGGUACGUCGCAGCAUCAUCACACGAUGCAUCCGGCGAUGCAGCAUUACAUGUAUCACACGGGUGUCGGCGUGGCCGGAGGUCUUCAUCAAGGAUUUGCGCCACCGGCGCCGCCCCCCAUCCACCCGCACUCACAUUCGCAUUCCCAUUCUCAUCACAUGCCGAGCCUUCAGGGUCUGCAGCUGACGACGAACGCAAUGAGCGGCUGGCGAUCGGAGUACACAUGAAUCGCGAGUGACUAGCAGCUCAGGACGCAGCCCACCACUCCCCCGUUGUAAUGUAAUAAUAAUAAAAAAGAGAAAAGAAAAAGAAAAACCGAAAAAAAGACGAGAAAAAACGCGAAGGGAGGCGCAACGGAAUAAAGCGACGACGACGACAACACAGCAGCAGCAGCAGCAGCAGCAGCAGCAACAACAACAAGCGAACUGAACGCUCCUCUUCUCUUUCUCGCGGGCCUCCUUUUUUAAUUAGGUAAGAGAGCACGAUCGAUCACUGACGACACACGAAAAAUCCCGACGCGCGCGCGGUUUUAUCCCCUCAAGACCCGGACGCGUCGACCGUGGGCCGAUCCUGAUCGGUCGCACGGUCGUCUCACGCAACGGAGCGAGAUAGCGCGUCGUCCGUCGGAUCUCUCUUAUAUAAGUGGAAGAAGCUCCUGUAAAUAUGUAAAGUUUCAUGUCGGGGCCCGUCGGAGUCCCGGCUCCAAGUACAAACAAAGUCAGCUACUAUGUCGAGUCUUAUAUAUGAGAUACGCGUAUAUAGCAUGUAAAUAAAUAUUAAUUAUAUAGACACAAGAAUUUAUAUGUAAUUACGUGUGCGCGUGGACGGGCGAAUGCGAGGACGCGUGUGCGUGCUUGCGUGAGUGAGUGAGUGAGUGCGCGAGUGAAUGUGAAGGCGCGCGUGCGUGCGUGUGUAUGUGUCCGUAAGACGCCCGCAGAGCGACGACCUUCUUUUAGGUAGCUCCUGCUCAUCUCGGAGGAUGCUGGGCGAGAGCGGCCACCGCGGCGCAGUGCGAGUACCUCGCGUGGUCAUUCGGCAAGGAACUUGCGCCCGGAGAUCGCCCGGAAUCGAUUCCGGGAUGAAAGGGAGAACGAGAGAGAGAGCGAGAGAGAGAGAGAGAGAGAG